GGCUCUGUAUACACAGUAAUAUACCUGCUGGCAGCAGCACCGCCCCCUGCUCUGCGCAUGCGCGGCCCGGGCUCUGCCAGCAGUAGCAGCAGUCAAUGAUACCAGCAGCACCGCCGUCAUUAUACACACAGGCAGCAGCAGAUACUGGAGCAGCUCCCUGGGGACGGAGCUUUGGAUCUCUCUAUCACUGGACGCAGUAUUGCUGGAUUAUUUAUUCCUCCUUCCUGUCCUCAGCAGUCACUGGAGCCAGUCAUCCCCCAUGGAGGUGCCGGAGCAGGACAGGUUUUAAAAUUGAAGCUUACAUGUGAUAUUGAGUGAAGACUUGGACUUAGGAUGCCUUUCUAUUGCUCUAUAUUGUACCAUUGAUGAUGCACUAUAUGAAGAGAAGCCAGCAUCAAGAUGCAUGUUAUGAACUGUGUCUCCUUGGUCAAUGAUAAAGAAAAUGGUGAGUGCAGUGUGGUCAUCACAGAGUUAAUGCUUGACCAUCCAUUGCCAGUACUAGCACCACCACCACCACCACCUCCUCCACCGCCACCUCCUCCGCCACCACCAUUACCUUCCUUUCAAAAUCAUGGAUCUCAGCCAGUACCACCGCCACCUCCUCCACCACCAGGGGUUCCACCACCUCCUUCGUUUCUAUACAAUGGUAGUCAUGGACAUGCCCACAACCAUAAAAAGAAAAGGCUGCGGAGCUUUUUCUGGAAAACCAUACCUGAAGAGCAAGUAAGGGGUAAAACCAACAUUUGGACUAUAGCUGCUAGACAGCAUCAGUAUCAAAUUGAUACAAAGACAAUCGAGGAACUGUUUGGGCAACAAGAGGAAGUAAAGUCUGGAGUCGUCAGAAGAGGCGGGAGUUCUAAAACCUCUUUCCGUGACGCAAAGGAUGAGGUUUCUCUUUUGGAUUCAAAACGAAGCAUGAAUAUUGGGAUAUAUUUGAAGCAGUUCAAAAAGUCUCCUGAGCAUAUCAUUGAAGAUAUUUAUAAGGGGAGGUGUGAUUUAUAUGACUCUGAAGCUCUUCAAGAACUGCUUAAGUUGUCUCCAGAACAAGAAGAGGUAAAGAAGCUAAAAGCAUAUAGUGGAGAAAUUACGAAAUUGUCUAUGACUGAUUCGUUUAUGUACAUGUUGAUACAGGUGCCAAAUUAUUCCUUGCGAAUAGAAGCCAUGGUGCUGAAAAAAGAAUUUUCACCUUCUUAUUCCUCGUUAAAUAAAGACAUGAUGGUUAUCAGGAUUGCUACAAAAGAACUCAUGUCAUGUGACCAGCUACAUUCCAUCUUGUUCUUGGUCCUGCAGGCUGGGAACAUCAUGAAUGCGGGGGGUUAUGCUGGAAACGCUGUUGGCUUUAAGUUAUCAUCCUUACUGAGGCUCGCAGACACAAAGGCAAAUAAGCCUGGAAUGAAUCUCUUGCAUUUUGUGGCUCUGGAAGCACAAAAGAAAGAUGCUGCACUACUGACCUUCUCUGCGCAGCUGCAGCAUGUUAAUGAAGCAGCCAGGUUAUCCAUAGACAACGUAGAAGCAGAGUUCCAUGCACUAUCAACAAAAACAAAAACUCUGAAAGACCAAAUAAAAAAGGACCCUGAACUGGUACAGCAAAUGGAAGACUUUCUCCAGGGUGCUGUGAAAGAGCUGAAAGAACUGGACAAGCAGAGAUUGGAGUUACAGAAAGAGGGGCAUGCCCUUAUUGAUUUCUUCUGUGAAGACAAGGAGACCAUGAAACUAGAUGAAUGUUUCCAGAUUUUUAGAGAUUUUUGUGACAAGUUCAACAAAGCUGUAAAGGAGAAUAAUGACCGUGAAAUGAAAGACCUACGACAGCUGAAGAGACUGAAAGAAUUACCGAUGAAGCGCCAUUCCUGGGUCUGUGUAGAGAAUGGAGGGUUUGGAAGAAGUAGCAGUGAAAGUGAUGUGGAGUUACUGACUAAAAAGGGACUUGAAGAAGUUUUACCAUUUUUGCAGCAAAGACCGCAGAGUCCAUUAAGUAGAAACUCCAGUUCUAGGCGUUCCCGCCUCUCCUUAGGCGUCACAGCAGACAGAGAACUUCAGAUGUAUUUGGAAGCCCCCCAGGAUGACCAAACAAACAAAUUUAACAGCCUACCACGAACUCGCACUCAUCAGUCAAGACCCACCAUAGUAUGGAUGGAUUCCAAAGAGAUAAAAGAUCAGGACCUAAACAUUAAGCACUUAAAUAAAAAUGAAGCGGGCAGAAAUUCCCAUGUGUUGCCUACGGUACUUAUUAGUAUGGAAGAUGAGCUAGCUGACCAUACUCCCAUUGCUAAUAUGCAUUAUAAGAUGAGUAAUCUAGACCGUAACAACAAUCAACAACCAACCUACCAGAACAAAGUAGAAACUCUGCACAGUAAUACUCGGUUAAGUCCCUUAACAGUCACAGUUGAGGAAAGAGAACUUGUGAAAAAGUUACAACAGUUUGAGCCUCAAGGAUCUUCAAAUGAGCACACUGCUACGUGCAUUACAGAUUUAGAACACCUUGAAGAUUUGAGUUUGCAUUCCUUUAGCCUUGCAGAUGACAAUACAUUACCAUCAUUCAAAAGCCUCAAAGACAAUCUCAGCAAUUCACAAAGUACCACAAAUGAGAUUACUGAUACAACAGAAGCUCAUUUUCCCAGUGCCGAUGUGCCUAUGUCAGAAAAUACAUCUAUUUCUGAUCAGCAGGAGCACGGAACAUUUUAUGUUGAAGAUGCCACAGAUAGCUCUUGUUCUGAGGGACAAGAUAUGAUAUAUGAGAAAGGGAAUUCAAAUGUAGUAAAAAGUUUGAAGUCAAAUGGUGUAGAAGUAGGAACAAACUUAUCUUCUUCAAAUCAGCCUAACGGCAUAGAUCGCGGCACUAGAAAAAACAGCAUUUCAAAGGAGAGUACAGUGAAAGGUAAAGAGCCCAGGAAGUAUAACUCUUUGAAAGAAAGAACCCCAAGCUUCACAAAGACAACUCGAUCGAGUAACACCGCUACAACCAAGCCUGUGCGUAUGCUGAAUGACUCUGAGCAUGAGACAAUGCGCAAAGUUGUCCCUAUUUCAAAGUCCAACAAGCAAGGAAGUAUAAAACGUACAGAACUCAGGAGUCCAAUGCGUGAUGAUAUAAAGUCAGAUCUGAAGCAAACAUUCCGAGGAAAAACUGAUAAUAUGCCAAAAGCCUCUCCCAAGAACAGCACAACUACAGAUGAGCCUAAGUUUCAAAGAGGAACAAGUUUUAUAUCCAACAGCUCACGGUUUCAAAGGGACCAAAUUGAGCGCAAAAGUUCUGUUAGAAAACCGGCAGCUAAACCAGUUAGAAAUAUAAGUAAACCAAAGCCUGAUGAAACCAAGAUCUGUCGUACAACUCCAAAACAGCCAACUACUGCUGAAACAAGUAAACCUUCACCAAACAACACCUUUAAAACCUCUUCAUCUACUCCAAGUUUUGCCAGAAACACUGUAGCCUCGUCACGACGGGCAAUACCAGAACCUCCAGCUUCUACCCCAAUAAAAACGGCAACAGUAAAUAGAUCAUCAUCUUUACGCCAUUCUGCAGGAAAGUAUGAACUGGUAACUAGAGAUUCGGGGCCCAAGGAAAAUGGCAGCGUGGGUACAUUUAAAAGGGUAAAUAGCAUGAGAACAAGCGGGAAGGUGACCGAAACGGUCAAUACCUAUAAAACAGAGACUGUCCAAAAAGAAAAGACUGUAGUUGAAAAGUCCUCUUUGAAAUUUAAGGAUACAGGAAAAGCAACACUAGGUAAAAUUCUGAAGCCUUUGCUGAAGUAGGUAUUUGUAAAUGAUCGACAACCCCUGUUUGGGCGACUGAACAAAGGAAGGGUUUUGGGUUUUUUUAACCACGCCCCCCUUUUUUUCUGACGCGUUGUGCUCAUGAGAAGUACAGCAACUUUUUGUAUCUUUGUGAUGUAGACUGUGAUGACUGGGAUUGCCAAUUACCCUUUUCUGGGAGCACAUUAUGCAGCCUCAUGAAGGAAUUUGUGCUGUAAUAAAAUGUGCUCCUCUGGAGCUCAGCUGGAAGGGAGUUUAUCUUAAAAUAAAUAUUCAUCUACAGGCAUGAGUGACCGGAUAACUGACAUUUCACAGGGGAUUGUUAAGCUGAACAAAAAGAGCUCUGGUUUUUCACCUCCCAAAAGUACAAGUUACUCACUGACUAUAUAUGGCUGGCUGCUUCCAGCUAAUGGUGUACUUGAUUAUGUUGCCAUUAGCUCAGAUAAUAAGGACUCUGCUGGGUGGAGUCUCUUCUUUUGCUGUACGUUAUAAAGUAAUGACUGCCACAGGUGUGUUUCACUACUGCACAAAGGAACACAAGAGGAUGACUCAUUGAUGCUUCUGAAUUUAAAUUCCGAGCUAUCCGCUUUCAAGAACACACAAGUGCCAUGGAUUUAUUAUGCAGAUGAAAGGUGUUACCAGGCGAUAUUUUAAGCCUGAACAUUUGUUGAGAGCACUUCAACCAUUCCAUGUUUCCCAUAAUUGUACUCUGUCACAUGUGAAUCCUGCUGCUAGACUUCUAUCAUCUAAGCUUUGAUAAUAAUACAGUAUAACCUUGUUCUACAUCUUCCUCUCCCUGUUGGCCAAACAAAGAGGAACACACAAGUUCACAAUACUAAUCCUAUUCCAUUCACCUUCUGUUGGUACUUCUUGUGUAUUUCAGAAUUUAUGAAUUGCAUUUUUAGGAGUGAUGCAUGUUGUCAGUGUUUUCCUGUCACAGUGCUGGACAUGGUACUGCCCACCAUACGUUUACAGAUGUCAUAGCCAUUGGGCCUCUAUAGAACAGUAAGAAAUCCCAAGAAACCAGCUGCUGUCCUAUAUGAAGCCACACCUAUAUUCACCUUGUAAUACCCAUUACCCUCACCACACAGAAUGCCAAAGCACAUGUGACUUGUAUGAGGGAUCCUCUUACCUAGGUGGGCUUUCACUGGCAAUGUACAGUACAUUAUGGAACGAUUAUACGUGUGAAUCCUGUUAUGUUAGUGGUGUCUGUAAGUCUGGAAAGAGUGGGCAAAUGCUUCUUGCUUUUGCCAAAAUAUACUUAAAAACGCUGAAUAUAAAAACUAAAAAUCAAGAGCUGUUUAUUAUCUAUGAACUUUGCUGGCAAAGCUACCAGUGUGCAUUAUAAGCUGACUUGACAGGGUUUGUAUAUUUGGUAUGCUAUUAUAAAUAUUUAAUAGUGCUUUGAAUGAUGAGAGUACAAGUUUUCAUUAAGAUGUUCUCCUCAGACUCUCAGUUUUUACUUUAUUGCAUCAAAAUGCUGCUAUGUAGACACAUAUUGGUUGUAAUGUACAAAAAAGAAUACAUACAAAGCAUGUCAGAGACUGAAACACUUAGAGGAAAACAUCAUUAGUUAGAGAUGGAUAGCGCUUGGUUAUUAUGGUCUGCCAUUGAUCUUCUGUUACAUGUAACUUCCACCACCUCCUUUGUACACUACUUAAUGAAGCACUCCACCAUGGCCGUAAAUAUGUUGUAAAAUCUCUCUUCUCCCAACUAACAGAAAGACCUGAUUCUGAAAACCAGAACACCACUGUUUCUCUAGCCUGGGAUUUUUAUUUUUAUUUUUUGCUAUAUUUUGUUACAUACAAAUACAACUAUGCUCUUAAGACUUGAAAGGACUGAUUGAAAAAAGGAGAAUUCAUCGUUUUCUUGUCUCUUACUGCAGGAGAAUGAUUACUAGAGGCAUUAGUGGUUUGAGUGCCUUAUGAACUACAAUGGUCUCUGGACCCUUUCUAGUUGGGGAGAGGUGGAGUAGUUUUAUGCUAUAUGUAGAGCAGGCAUUCCCAACCACGGUCCUCAAGGCACACCAACAGUGCGGGUUUUAGUGAUAUCCAGGCUGCAGCACAGAUGGUUAAAUCAAAAUAACUUAGCUACUAAUUAAGCCACCUGUGCUGAAGCCUGGAUAUCACUAAAACAUGCACUGUUAGUGUGCCUUGAGGACCGUGGUUGGGAAAGCUUGAUGUAGAGUAACGUUGAAGUUAUUAAUGGCAUUAUGUGGUGGGCCAUAGGCUCAGAGCUGUGCAUUUCUUAACUAUAACACCUUUAUUUAAAUUUAGACCACUCAUUUGCAUAUGCUAAUCCAAUAUAUUACAAUAGUUUAGAUUCAUUUUGCUGAAGUGGAUGAAUUGAACAUCUUUCUAUUACAAUAUAUAAACCUUUGCUCAUGAGAUUGUGGAUUAUAAAUGUUAUGUAAAGAAAAAGGUAAGAAAUAUUUAAGCGUAAUGAUUAUUUCAGAUGAACCCCUGUUCUGUCAGGCUAAAAUAUAACCUACAGGUUACAGAUUACAAAUUAUUUUUUACAACGUAGUUAUCCAUAAUAAAAGUGUAUAUAAAUAAAGCAGAUACUCAGGAACAGGAUACACAGUUGUUCUUCUAUCCACUUACCUUCAUCAGUUCUCUCAUUUGUAUGUGUUACUAUCAUUUACUGACCAAAAGAUUAUUUAAAUAUGUUUAAUAUUGUAAAUUUGUAUACUAGAAGGUACAUUGUACAAAGGCAAGAUGUAUUUAAUGGAUCUUUACAUAUUUCAGAAUAGUUUGCUAAUAAACUUCUCAAGUGAAAAU